UUAGCUAAUCAACAAAAAAACAACAAAUCAACAAUGGCUACGACAAUUUCUGCAGCGCCUCCGUUGUCACGGGGAUCUCCACAGCCAUCACCAUGGCACUCACCGGUGCCGUACUUAUUUGGGGGCCUUGCUGCGAUGUUGGGUCUCAUUGCUUUUGCCCUCUUGAUUUUAGCAUGCUCUUACUGGAAGCUCUCCGGAUAUUUAAACAGCAACGGUGACAACGACGACAUUGAGUCAUCAGGAAACGAAAACAACAACAACAACAACGAUUUCCUACGACCACUCCCCGACCAGAUUAAUCAGCUGUCAGAAGAUCAUGAUAUGGCGGAAGAGAAGUAUUUUGUUAUAAUGGCUGGAGAAGCCAAACCAACGUUUUUGGCCACACCAAUAAGUUCGAGUAGAACCACUUCGUUCGGUAGCAGUAGUUGGCGAAGUAAUUUAUCAUCCUUGUCCUCGGAGAAUCAUCAAGAUCAGUCAUCCUUAGAUCAUAAUAUUUCUUAACAUUUAUUUUCGAAUUUAUAAUCUAUCUAUAUAAAGGAUUUUGUAGCAGAUCGUUGCUGUUACCUCUGUCA